AUUACAUUUCGUGAAGUUUGUCAGAUUUGUUGAUAACUCAUUAACUGUUUAAGUAUUUUCUAGAAGAAAACAAACAUGUCUGGUACAUUUUACUGUAGAUCCUUACUCCUCAGAGUAUGUUUUAACUGCAAAAAUCAUCUACAACAACAGACAAAGCACAUGCAUUCGGAUGCCGGAGAUCCUAGGAUUUAUUCACUUAUUCGACAAGGGAAUACAAUGUUCUUUGAUGAACAGAGGCGAAGUGGGAUUUUAUCACACAAAAUUACAGUGAAUGGUGCACGAAUUCAUUUUGAAACAAGUGGAAGUGGACCUCACACUAUCCUUUUGUUACCAGGAGCUCUCGGAUCUACCAGGACGGACUUUUCUAAGCAGCUGACAGACUUUAACAAGAAGGACUAUACGCUGAUAGCCUUUGACCCCCGGGGGUACGGUAAAAGUAUCCCUCCCCAGCGUACCUGGCCCCUAGAGUUCUUACAGCGGGAUGCUGAUGAUGCCAAUGGGCUGUGUAUGAAACUAGGACUGAAGUCAGUGUCAGUGAUGGGCUGGAGUGAUGGGGGAAUCACGGGGAUGAUUCUGGCCGCCCAGAAUACCUCCCUCGUAAAAAACCUCAUCAUCUGGGGGGCCAACGCUUAUGUCACGGAGCAGGACAUGCUGAUCUUUAACAGUAUUCGGGACAUU